AUGCUUGGCAGGGUCUUGUCCACCCAUGCAGCCAAUAAUCUCUCCGCCUUGCCAGAUGCACCCCUCCAUUGCGUGACCCAAGGGCACGGCAGCGACGGCGCGUUCCGAGCCCAGAUUGGCCUGCCAGGACACCAAGUACCACGCUGGGCUGCCGGGACAAAGCUCCGCUAUGUCAUUUGUGCCGAGACGUUUCCCCAUCCCGAGGACGCAGCCCUUGCAGCGAGCAACCUCGCCCAGGCCAUCGACCAGUUUGCAGAUGUUCCCGUCACCUUUGAGGAGGUGACCCGCAACACCAAGGCCCACUUCCGCGUGGUCUACAAGGAUCCCGUCUGCGCAGACGAAGCCAACGUCCUUGCAAGCGCCUUCUUCCCCAACAGGGGACCCCGCAACACACGCACUCUUCACAUCUACGCCCUGGCUUUCCGCAAAAGGCACAUCGGAAGCCAGGUGCAGGUUCUCGCCCACGAGGUUGGCCAUAUCUUGGGUCUGAGGCACGAGUUUGCCCCGGAGUCAGCAGAAUGCCGCUCGUUUACCUACGGCCGCCGCAACCCCGAUAGCAUUAUGAGUUACCCCGCCGAUUGGAGCACAGCCAAGGUGACGCAGCAGGACAUUGAUGAGCUGAGGGGUUUAUACUUGGACACACGCCUAUUUCUCCAGGACGACGCCGGUGAUGACUGGCACUUCCAAACCAUCACCCCGCGCCCGUUUUUGUACCCUUACGAGAACACGCGCAGAAACUGGGGCUUUAUGGCAGCCUUCUGGUCGUUUAGGCGGUUCCAGAGGCACCAACAGGGAAAUGCCACCGCACGUUAG